AUUGUGUUAGAAAAGUAAUAUCAAAGUUGCUUAAAAGAGAUAAAAGAAGAUCAAUUUCCAUAUUAGAGUUGUUUGAGGAAGGCUUUGGUAAUGAGCUAAGUAAAAAAAGAUUGUUAAAAGGGUUAGUUUGUUUGGUUUUUGAAGUUUGGGUUGGGGUAGAUGUAGUAUAA